AUGCCCGUGAUAUUAGACCAUAUAAUGGUCGAACGACAGCCCAGCACGCCCCAGCAAGACAUCGUCCAAUCGCCACUUGUUGGGCACACGACCGGUCUACUCAAGAAAACGAGAUGGCAGUACGACACUCGACACCUGCUGGAGCCCUCGCAUCGCCGUGUCGCGUCCUCGUCACCGGCGGCAACGGCUUCAUUGCUCAGCAUACAAUCGCUGUCCUUCUCGGGGAGGGUUACAGCGUGGUCACCACCGUUCGAUCCGAAGAGAAAGUGGACGCUGUUCGCGAGACGCACAAUGGUCAUGGCGACUUGACCAUUGUCGUGGUGGGAGACAUAACGUCUACGGAUGCGUAUCUAGCCGGGCUAGAGAACGAGGCAAUUGACGCGAUUCUCCAUCUAGCGGCACCAUUCACCUACGCGACACAGAGCUUUGAGACGGACCUCAUGAUCCCUUCGGUACAGGGGGCGGAGGCGGCCCUCCAUCUUGCGGAGCAGCUUGGUGUGAAGAGAGUGGUUCAGACCAACUCGUUUGCCUGCAUCUACGACGCCAGCCUGGGACCCCGUCCUGACAAGAUCUACUCCGCAAAGGACUGGGCACCUCUCACCUACGACGAUGGCGUUCGCGCAAAGGACGCUCCGACGGCGUAUCGCGCGAGCAAGGUGGCUGCAGAGCGGGCAGCAUGGGACUUUAUGAAACAGAGCAGAUGCUUUGAUCUCGUCAGCUUGUGCCCGGGUAUGGUGUUUGGGCCUUGGCUGGACGCCCCGACGUCCGUCAAGUCUAUCAACACAAGCAACAUGCUGGUGUAUAACGUGGUGUCCCUGCCAGAACAAGAGAGCGUGCCACCGACCAAGGCACCCGUUUGGGUGCACGUGAGGGAUGUGGCAAAGGCACAUGUUCAGGCGUUACGUGUUCCAGAGGCUGGUGGGAAGAGGUUCCUCCUCGCAGCCAAUGUCUACUGCAACCAGGAGAUUGCGGACGUGACAAGAGAAGUGAUACCACCGGCCGUGAGGAAGGGCAGAGUACCUAUUGGGCAGGUGGGGAAACGGGAACACAAGACGCAUUUUGGGAUCGAUGUGCAGGAGACCGAAGAUAUCCUUGGGUUACAGUGGACAGACCUGGGUACAUGUCUGGGAGAGUUGGUGCCCCAGCUGUACGCCAUCCAAGACGAGGAUAGCAAAGUAUGAAAGCGUCACUCUUGCACGAAAGUCUGGUUCACGUUCCUUCUGUCUUCUGUCGUGGUGCGUAUAUACAUGCAUCAUCAUCUCUGGCCACACGGGAGGACCGGGCGAGAUGUAUUCCUGGGGAGGUGGCCAGUAGAUGCCAAUCAAGACACCAGGGUCGUCCUCGGCGUACGCACCAGGGAACUUGACCGUGGGGCCCGGCGUGCCGCUGCCGCCGCCCGUGACGGCGAGCUGUGCGCAGCCCAUGUAGAACUGGGCGCCACCGACGCUGCCGGCGCCGUGCAGAGCAAUGUGCUCGCCGCGCAUGAGGUAGUUGCCCGUGGGCAGGUCCUCGGGGAGGGUGAAGGUGAAGUUCUGAGCGCCGCCC